AUGGAAUCUACUCUAAGAACUAACAAGAACUCUAUCGACAUUCCUUCUGAUUUUAAAAGCACUUUGCCUCCACGUAAGAGAGCUAAGACUAAGGAAGAAAAAGAACAACGUCGUAUAGAGAGAAUUCUUAGAAAUAGAAAAGCUGCACAUCAAUCAAGAGAGAAAAAAAGAUUACAUUUGAAAUUCUUAGAAGAUAAAUGUCGUAUUAUGGAACAGCUUAUUGGAGGGCUGGAUUUGACUCAACUCUUUGCCAACCAAUCAGAUAAAUUAAAAUUAAUUAAUGAUUUACAUACCUUGGCUAUAGAAGAUGAUAUCGUACCUACUACUACAUCUUCUUCUCCACAUACUCAUAUCAAACAAGAAGAUGAGGAUGAAGAUGAGGAAAUCGAAAACUCGAAUAAUUUUGAAUUCACUUUCUCAAUGAAAGAUAUUCAUAAAUCAAAUAGUAAUGAUAUUAUCACUAACAAUUCCAAUACAAUGUCAUUCCAACAACAACAAAUUCCUUCUCCUUCUACAUCUGUUUCUACUCAUGGCUCAAUAUCGAUGUCUCCUGAUACUUUAGCUCAUACUUUAAAAAAUGAAUUAUUAUCAUCAACUCAUAUUAAAAAUGAUGAUGAUGAUGCACGCGAGUUUGCUUUACAUAUUCAAAAUGAUAAUGAAGAAACUAUGAAAACGAUCUUUAAUGAUCAUACACAUAACAACGACGAUAAUCAAGAUUUCGAUUUUGAAGCCGACGCUGCUACUGCUUUAGAGAAUAGUAUCCUAAGUCAUGUGACUGAGGAUUCUCAAAACAAUCUCCUGUUGACUACCACUAAUAAUAAUAACGAAUUAAAUGAUGUAAUGGACGUCGUCACCGAGUUCGACCCUCCUACUACUACAAUCGCUAGUUCAUUUGAUCUUGACAAUUGGCGUAAUCCAGCCGCGAUUACUCUGAUAUCAUAA